ACUCUUUCAUGACUCAAUCGUGUCACUCGCACGCAUCAACCUUCUCAAUACAAGUAUUACAAACUCUCGACAGCAAGCUCAGGAGCAGUGAAACCAUAUGGAGGUCCAAGUUCAAAGAUCCACCAUCUUAGCUCCUCAUGCCCAUCCCCUCAAGGAAGUUCCACUCACCAUAUUCGAUCUCUUCGCCUCCAACAUCAACAUCGCGGUGCUCUUCGCCUUCACCGCGCCGACCCCUUCCAACACCGAGAUCAUCGAGGGCUUGUCGAAGACAUUGGUGCACUUCCCCUUACUCACGUCUCAGCUCGAUUACAGCCGCCUCCGACGUCGCCCCUGCCUUGUAGUCGGAGGCAAAGGCGGCGGCGCACUGGUGGUGGAAGCAACGGUGGACGCGGACCUGUCGGACUUCCUGCCGCUCGAACCCUCGGCGGACUUCCAUCUGCUGCACCCUCCGACGGAAGAAACCCACCACUUGUUCCAAGUCCAACUCAACCGGUUCAAGUGCGGCGGCCUCGUGGUGGCCACGAUCACUCACCACAGGGUGGCCGAUGGCCAGUCCAUGAGCACCUUCUUCGUUGCAUGGGGAGAGACGAUACGUGGCACGCCCGUCACCUCACUUCCUGUGUACGAUCAAUCAUGGAUCAAGCCGCGAUCCCCACCGAAGUGCGAGUUCCAGCACUGGGAUCUCGAGUUCGUGCGCGUCCCACCUUAUCGUAAUGGUUCAACUUCGAAUCAGAAGGACGAGGAUCCCAGCAAAAUCACAAACAUAUUGCUGCGCUACUCAUCCGAGUUCAUAACCACUAAGCUGAAGCCCAAGACGAAAGGGAAGUACACGACCUUUGAGACUGUGUUAGCCCACCUUUGGAGGAAGAUUACCAUGGCUCGUGGCCUCGAUGACCGGAGGCAUACCAUGAUCCGUGUUACGGUGAACGGCCGACCACGAAUGAGACCUCCGGUUCCAAAUGAGUUUGUUGGCAAUCUGGUCUUGAACGCGUAUCCCGAGUCGAACGUGAAGCUACUCCUCCAGGGAGGCGUAGAGCGGGCUGCCAAGAUCAUCCAUGACGCCAUUCGCAGGAUCGACGAGAGCUAUUUCCAGUCGAUUAUAGAUUUCGGGGCGAUGCACGGAGAGGAUGACCUCGUGCCCGUUUAUGAUACAGAUGGAGACGUGUUAUCGCCCAACCUGGAGGUGGAUAGCUGGCUAAGGUUUCGUUUCCAGGAGGUGGACUUCGGUGGCGGAGGGAAGUUGUGUGCUUUCCUUCCGACUUGGGUGCCUUUCGAGGGUUUGGUCAUCUUCGUCCCGGGUUUGGAGCAGGAUGGGGGUUUAAAUGUUGUUGUCGCGUUGUUUGAAGAGCAUGCUGAGAAGCUGAGGCAGAUCUCUCACUGCGUAAUGUGA